GCGGGCGGCCCUGGGCCCGCGGCUGGGGCAUCGCGCGGCCGCCCUGCGCUCCUCGGAGGCGGGAGCCGCGGCUGAGGGACGCGGGUGUGCGAGCGGCCGCCGUGCUCGGCUCCGGAGCGACCUUGCCCGGGCGCCAGGAGGCCCGAAGCGGCGUCGGUCACGUCGGGUUUCGGCGUGGCGGGGCCCGUGCUGCGCGCUGGGUCCUGGGCCCGCCGUGCCGGUCCGCGCGGAGCCUGGCUUCGCGUCCCAGGGACCCGCCCCAGGAGUGCCCCGUGUUGUCUCGGACGCAGGUCCUGCGCCGCGGCCGCCGUCCUUCCGUGUUCACGAGGACUUCCCGCCCAGCGUGGGGGGCGGCGCGCCCGGCCGAGCGCGCACCUGCCCAGACCCGGGCCGGAGUUGUCGGGGCUCAGGAUGGCCGCGGCCGGCCAGGCUGCGGGGGACCGGGCGGAGAUUAUCAGAGUGAAGGUUGAGGAAGAAGACCACGUUUGGGAUCAGGAGUCCUGCCUAAAGAGGAACGUGUCUCGCACCCGGGAGCUCUGUCGCCGGCGCUUCCGGCAGUUCUGCUACCAGGAAACUCCUGGGCCCCGCGAGGCGCUGAGCCGGCUGCGGGAGCUCUGCCGUCAGUGGCUGCGGCCCGAGACGCACAGCAAGGAGCAGAUCGUGGAGCUGCUGGUGCUGGAGCAGUUCCUGGCCAUCCUGCCCGAGGAGCUGCAGGCCUGGGUGCGGGAGCGGCACCCGGAGAGCGGGGAGCAGGCGGUGACCGUGCUGGAGGAUCUGGAGAGGGAGCUGGAUGAGCCUCGACAGCAGAAUAUUUGGCAGACUGUUGAAAUGUUUGGUCUGACGGCGGUGUGGCUUCCACGAGGCUGUUGUGCAAGAACGCAGGCUUGGCAGGGAUGUGAAGUGGCCAGGCCUCUUCACUGUACGGAGCCCACUCCGAGAGCCUCCAGCCGGGGAGUCCGAGCCUCUUAUUUGCGUCCUUUUCACUGUAAGGUCCCACAGGGCACAGAUGGGCCGGAAAUUCCUAUGGAGGAAAUGACUCCUGUGGAGACCGCAAAGGAGCCCUUAGGUGCCCAGCUCCAGCCCAUGGAAGACAGAAUGGAAUGUGACUCUCCGGAGCCACACCCACUGCAGGAUAAUGGGUCAUUUUUGUGGCUUUCCAUGAUGUCUCAAAGCAUGGGUGAUGAUAACCCCAGUAGUUUAGACACUAAUGAGUCAGAAAUUGAACCAGAAAAGAUGAGAGAGAAGUUCUUCAGAAGCUUAGCAGUGUUACUGGAAAACAAAAGCAAUAAUGCCAAGAUAUUUUCUAAAGCAAAGUACUGUCAGUUAAUAAGGGAAGUGAAAGAGGCUAAAGUGAAGGCAAGAAAGGAAUCCGUUGACUACCGUCGCUUAGCUAGAUUUGAUGUGAUCCUUGUACAAGGAAAUGAGAAGCUGAUUGAAGCUAUAAAUGGGGAAACAGAUAAAGUACGGUAUUACUUACACAGCGAGGAGUUAUUUGACAUUCUGCAUGAUACCCAUCUCAGCAUUGGACAUGGUGGGCGUACCCGCAUGGAAAAAGAGUUACAAGCCAAAUACAAGAACAUCACGAAGGAAGUUAUAAUGCUAUACUUGACACUCUGCAGACUAUGCCAACAGAAGAAUUCAAAACUCAAGAAAGUUCUAACAUCAAAGCCAAUGAAGGAAGUGAAUUCAAGAUGCCAAGUGGAUCUUAUAGACAUGCAAUUGAAUCCUGAUGGGGAGUACAAAUUUAUUAUGCAUUAUCAAGACCUUCGUACAAAGUUGAGUUUUUUGCGGUCACUAAAAUCUAAAAAGCCUAAGGAAGUUGCACAUGCUCUUUUAGAUAUUUUUACAAUUAUUGGAGCACCCAGUGUCCUACAAUCAGACAAUGGGAGGGAAUUUUCAAGCCAGAUUGUCCAUGAACUCAGUAAUACUUGGCCAGAAUUGAAAAUUGUCCAUGGGAAGCCUCCACCCUGUCAAAGCCAAAGUUCAAUGAAUCAAACUCAUGAGGAUAUCCAAAAUAGGAUUAUCUCCUGGAUGCAAACUAACCAUUCAUCGCACUGGGCUGAAUUUUUAUGGUUCAUUCAGAUGACCCAAAAUCAACCCUAUCACCGAGGCAUGCAGCAGACUCCAUUUGAAGGCACGUUUAGCUCUGAAGCUAAACUAGGCCUGCGUCAUCCUCAGUUAACUGAAGAACUUACUGCUAGCCUGAAUCCAGAAAACGAAUUAGAAGAGGCCGACAGAGAAUUCGAAAGUAUGCCGGGAGCACCUUAUGAAGAGAACAUCGAGACUGGCACGAAUAGCAGUGAUACUGAAAAGCAUCUUUCUGCUCCUACCGGGGCCAUGAAGAACCCUCCCGAAAACAGAGUAAAAGUUGUAUCUGGUGUAGUUUGUGAGAAAGAACGCUCAGGCGCUCAUGGUUGUGUGUCAUGUGAUGGGGACGUCCGUGCGAUCUGUGGAGUGCCCCCUCAACGUAACACUGAGGGCUGUCAUCACAGAAUAACGUGCAGUUUCUGCUGUGAGACCACGACAGUGAAAAGGAAACGUGAUGAAAUCCAAAGAAGUUUGACUGGUCAGCCUUCCAAAAUGCUGAAGCCGUCAGAGACACCAUUUUCAUCAGACAAAGUAGGAGAUUGGAUGGCAAAACAAGCUUCACUGGACUUUUUUGUCAAGAAAAAACAUACCUUUUCUGAAUACAGCAGCCGUAGUAAGAGAAAUGGUACCGAUGGAAGUCGCCCAGAGCAGGUGAAAACCAGAAGAGUUCACACAAGUUUUACUCGGAAGUAUGAUCCCUCGUAUAUCGAGUUUGGGUUUGUAGCUGUAAUUGAUGGUGAAGUGCUGAAACCGCAGUGUAUUAUCUGUGGAGAUAUACUGGCUAAUGAAGCAAUGAAACCAUCAAAACUUAAGCGGCAUUUGUUUUCAAAACAUAAAGAAAUAAGUUCACAACCAAAAGAGUUCUUUGAGAGAAAGAGUAGCGAAUUAAGAAGCCGGCCAAAGCAGGUGUUCAGCGUGUCUCAUACAAACAUCAGUGCUCUUCGGGCUUCUUACAAAGUGGCGCUCCCGGUUGCCAAGUUGAAAACGCCGUACACGAUCGCGGAGACGCUGGUGAAAGACUGCAUCAGAGGAGUCUGCCUGGAGAUGCUGGGUGAGUCCGCAGCGGAGAAGGUGGCUCAGGUACCGCUUUCCAAUGACACCAUGGCUCGACGCAUUCAGGAGCUGGCCAGCGACAUGGAAGACCAACUCAUAGAGCAAAUUAAAGAGGCGAAGUACUUUUCGUUGCAACUUGAUGAAUGCAGAGACACUGCUAACAUGAUCAUUCUUUUAGUGUACGUGCGGUUCGAACACGGUGAUGAUAUAAAGGAAGAAUUCUUCUUUUCAGCCUCUCUACCGACAAACACGACUAGCUCAGAACUGUAUGAAGCUCUGAAGAAUUACGUUGUGAGCAAGUGUGGUCUGGAAUUUAGGUUUUGUGUAGGACUGUGUUCAGAUGGCGCAGCCUCCAUGACAGGAAUGCAUUCCGAAGUGGUUACCCAGAUUAAGGAGCUUGCACCAGAAUGCAAAAUAACACACUGCUUCAUUCAUCGAGAAAGUCUGGCUAUGGAAAAGGUGUCAGCAGAACUAAACAGUGUGCUUACUGACACAGUAAAAAUUGUGAAUUAUGUCAAGUCUAACUCGUUAAAUUCAAGACUGUUCUCUUUAUUAUGUGAUAAUAUGGAAGCUGAUCAUAAGCAGCUGUUACUGCAUGCUGAGAUCCGGUGGUUAUCUCGGGGAAAAGUUCUAUCAAGAAUGUUUGAAAUACGAAAUGAACUCUUAGUAUUUCUGCAGAGCAAAAAACCAGUUUGGUCCCAGCUUUUCAGAGAUGUGAAUUGGACAGCCAGACUUGCUUAUUUAUCUGAUAUCUUCAGUAUUUUUAAUGACCUUAAUGUUUCCAUGCAAGGAAAGAAUGCAACCUGUUUUUCAAUGGCUGAUAAGAUUGAAGGACAAAAACAGAAGUUAGAAGCUUGGAAAAACAGAGUUUCUACAGAUUGUUAUGACAUGUUCCAUAAUUUAACAACAGUUAUCCAUGAAGUAGGUAAUGACCUUGACAUUGCCCAUCUGCGAAAAAUUGUCAGCGAACAUCUUACAAAUUUGUUGGAUUGUUUUGAAUUGUAUUUUCCAUCAAAAGAAGAUCCACGUGUAGGAAACUCAUGGAUCCAAAAUCCAUUUCUUUCACCAAAAGAUAAUUUAAAUUUAACUGUAACUCUACGGGAUAACUUGUUGAAGCUGGCUACUGAUGAAGGAUUGAAAAUGAACUUUGAAAAUACAGCAUCACUUGCUUCCUUUUGGAUAAAAGUUAAAAAUGAGUAUCCUGAGCUUGCUGAGGUGGCUUUAAAAUCCCUCCUCCUAUUCCCCUCAACAUCCCUCUGUGAGACUGGGUUCUCUGCCUUGAGUGUUAUUAAAACAAAACACAGGAACAGUUUAAAUAUCCAUAAUCCCCUGAGAGUAGCACUGUCGUCAAUCCAGCCUAGGUUAGACAAGUUAACAAGCAAGAAGCAAGCUCACCUAUCACAUUAAAAACUUGAAGGUGUCCCGUCAAGGUAUGCAUAUACGCAUCACGGAAUAGGAAAAGUUAUGAUUAAAAUAGCAGUUUUCUGUAUCAAUUGUCUAUAUGUACACUUUCAGUUAAAUGUACAGUUUUUAUAACUUUUUUCUUGUUAUAUUUAUUAAAACGUAACUUUAAAUCUGUUGCUUCUAAUAUUAAAAAAUUUGGUCUUA